AGUUUUGUGCUGUAUGCGAACUGCGCCCCAAUCGUACAAUAGUUGCCUUGGAAGUUGGAACUUGGAACAUAAUCGUCUCUCUCUCUCUCUCUCUCUCUCUCAUCCUCUGUUCAACCAGGCGAAACCCGCAACUGAAGUCUCCUGCUGCCCGACGACUUCCUCGAUUUCUCCACGACCAUCCAUUAGUCAGUUGAUCGAUCGUCGAAUCGAUUAACCAAAUCGCUAUGACGUUACGGCGCCCACUGAAUUCUAGGGCUUUUCCUGUGCUCCUCUUCUCUUCCAUCCUUCUGAGCUGGUUUCCAGAAUCCAUAAUGUCAGCAACCGUUACACUUGAUUCCAUCAAAAUAUUUAAUUCACAUGAGUGGAUACCCACCAAACCAACCUUUUACUUUCAGUGUAAAGGAGAGAACGAGACAUAUUUGCCAGAUGUGAAGGAGACUCAUGUAUCUUACUCUUUUAAGGGUGAAGAAUCUUGGCAGCCUUUGACGGAAUUUCCAAAUACGAAAUGCAAGCGGUGUGGGUUCUACGAGGAAGACAUCUUAAAAUCAGAUGAAUUUGAUGAGUGGGAGUUUUGCCCUUCUGAUUUUACUAACCCUGAUGGAAGUUAUAACAAGUUCAAAGUCGAAGAAUUCAAUGCUACAUUCUUGUGUCCUGAUUGUGUGCCUCUGGGAAGUGAUUCUAAUCAUGCCUCCGCUUCACAUAAUGGAGGCAAGGGAAUGCAUGUGGCCAUAGUGAUUCUAAUCAGCGCCUUGGUUUCAACUGUCUUUAUUCUUGGACUAGCGGCUGCAUACAAGUAUUGGCAAAAGAGAAAGAGGGAACAGGAACAGGCCCGGUUUCUGAAACUAUUUGAAGAAGGUGAUGACAUUGAGGAUGAGUUGGGUCUCGGGCCUCUUGAUGGUGUAAUUUGACAUCUUGCAUGAUAUCAUUACCUCACCACUCAAAGCCAGAGCUCUGUAUGGUGAGCUUUUUGACGAUUAAACUCGGAGUGAGAAAAGAAACAAGAAACAGUUCGGCAGCUCUGUGUACAAAUCUUUUUACUGCUCUAAUGAAAGUGUUACGGGGGUGGUUUAUGUUAAUUUGUUUAUUUGUCGUGUCUCAGUGUCGCAGUAGGUUUUAGGAUUGGCAAAAGGCUAACAGCAAAAGAAUGAUUGUAUAGAACUUGUAUUUGCGGAAACAGGGAGUCCACAAAUGCAUGAAACUGCACCCUUUUAUUUUUUAUUUUUGGGUGCUGCACCCUUGUUAAUAUAGUAACAACACGUACAUAAUAAACACGUUUGGUUGAAGGUUAAA